CCCAUCUCCGACCUGCACGACAUCAAACCUCAUCUUCACUCCGAUUGCUAAAAGGGGUGUGUGUUGCCUGGAUUCAGGCUGUUACUCCCCUCAUCGAUUCACCCUCCAGCGCUCCUGAACUAGUGGGUCGUAUACCAUACCAGCCACACAUCCACACCCUCGGAUGCCCAAAGCCAACUGGAUAAUCUGUACCCAUCCAGCACCUCUUAGGCCCAAAGGGAAAAGCACUAUGGUGGCUAUUGCUACCUCUUCUAUACUAGAUUAACCCCCACACGAUACCCCCUUCCCGCUAGACUCCCAACAAUGGCUGCUAAUUACUGGGCAUCAACUCAACGCCGACAUUGGCUCUUCACGAGAGAGAAGUUGGCAGAGAUUCGGGAGAACUUUAGAGAGCGGGACAUGGUCGCUCAUAGUCAGUUUCCUCUGCCGGAUCAGAGGUUGCUGAACAUCUACUUCAGUCAACCAUCCGAGCUCACCAGACCAACAGAACUCAUCAAAUUGGGCAAACGGAUGUCUACUCGACAACAAGCACUUGCGACAGCGCAAGUCUAUGUCAAGAGGUUCUACACCAAGAACGAGAUUAGACAUACAAACCCGUAUCUUGUCGUCACUACUGCCUUCUAUCUGGCCUGUAAAAUGGAAGAAUGCCCUCAACAUAUUCGCUUUGUCGUCGGAGAGGCUAGAGGUCUCUGGCCAGAGUUUAUUGCCCCAGACGUUUCAAAACUAGGAGAAUGCGAAUUCUCUUUGAUAUCGGAAAUGAACUCUCAGCUUAUUGUGCACCACCCAUAUCGAACUUUAUCAGAACUCCAACCCGAGCUGUCACUUACGUCAGAUGAAGUUGCUCUUGCAUGGUCUGUAAUCAACGACCACUAUCUCACCGACUUGCCGCUCUUAUAUCCGCCUCACGUCAUCGCUGUCAUGGCGAUUAUCGUCGCCGUGGUCUUCAAGCCCAGCCAAACGAGCUUUCACGGGUCAGCAGCGCCACUGGCCAGCGCGAUGCGCGAUGGGGGGAUGAACAUCCUUGGAGCAUUGGGAGACAAGGGCGGCAACGGCCCUCCUCCCCGCAUUCAACGACUUAUAGGAUGGCUUGCCGAGAGCGAGGUGGACAUCAAGGCAGUCAUAGAGUGUACUGAAGAGCUGGUGUCGCUUUACGAGGUCUGGGAGCAAUACAGCGAAAAGCAUUGCAAGGAGCUUCUUGGACGGAUGGUGAAGAGCAAGAACCUGGACAAAUGA